CAAUGCUUACGGCAUAGUUGACUAUUUUUGGACUAUCACAGGGGAACCUAACACAGUCGUAUCUUUGACGUGAGUCUCUACGUGUCAUAUGUCUUAUGAUAGAAUUAAUUAAAUUAAUACAAGUUACUUGCAUAGAAGGGCGAUAAAAAUGGAUGGAGUUUGGGGUCCAUCCUGAGCUGCCUUUUCGGUCAACUUUACAGAAUUGUAUAUAACUUAUAUGAAUUUGUCUUCCAGGCAAGUAGCUGGGGGGCAGAAUGAGAGAUGUCCUUAAGCGCAUGAUUAGUUAGGGGCGCCAAGAUGUCCUUUGAUAUUAUGUUAUUGAUGACAAUAAUGGGUUUAAGAGUUGAAAAAAGAAAUGGCUUGAUCUUUAAAAUUAAUCUUGUCCCCGGGCGCCAAACACUGUAGCUACGCCCCCACUUGUUCUUCUGCGUCCGUUUCAGUUUUCGUUACCCGUGGCGGCAGAGUACAGAAGACGCGCCCUAAAACUCCGGCUCGUCAGUUUGUGUCUAACAAUUGUUAUUAUAAAAUGUUACAUUCCAGGCUGUCGAAUUUCAAAAUGCCGAGUUCUGUGUGGUGUUCAAAUGAGUUAACCAUUUACGACGGCAAUGAAAAGAACAGCAGACUCAUAGGUCGUUACUGCGGUUCUGACAUGCCUAGACUGAUCCGAACAACGGGGAAUGUGCUACACAUGACUUUAAAGAAUCAUUAUGUCGUUAGCGAUUGCUUCACUGGGAACUAUUCAGUACAUGGUAUGUUACUUUCUCUUGUGAUUUUUUCAAUCAGUCAUCCAUUGCUUUAACCUUCGUUAACCUUAAAAAAAUUGUUUAUCCCUUUUAUUCAAAUUCUUUUGAAGCAAUGACAUAAUCUUUCAGUUUGUUAUGUUAUAACAUGAAUAUUUACCUAGCUUUUGUUCACCACGAGCUGCAGACUUCAUUCUUAGCUCCCAAGCCCUCUAUUGUAUCUGUAAUAUUCACGUACCCGAUUAAAUGUGUAGCUCCCUAUUAUUACCCACCCCUCUCAUGAUUGGGAAAAGUUUGUUAACGCUCUAAUUUGUUUAAAAAGAUUCCAUCAGGUGAUUCUAUUUCUAGAAGCUCUAACUUCCGUCCUAUAAAUAAAGCGACCGCUUUACCAGGAGGAAGAGAUGUUUCUGCUAGACUACCUAGACACAAAACUUACGACAAGUAAUAUACUGGUUAAGAAAAGACAACUCACACUAUAUUACUUUUGUGUGUGUGUGUGUCCUUGUGUGUGUGUGUGUGAAUAAUAUGUGUGUGAAUAAUAUGUGUAUAUUUCGAUGAUUUUACCUCUUUCAAUUUUUGGGCUGUGAAUUUAUAUAGCCUUUAUUUUCGUAUAUUUCAAUUUCAGCAUUUAUUUAAAUCAAUUUAAUAGCAUAAUAAAAUUGAAUUAUGUUACAACAGCUAGCUUCGGUAUCAUUUCUCUUUUUGCAAACUUGUUUUUACAGUCCUUUGUUACGUAUUGUUCAUCUAACGAGCCAAAUUUACAAAACCCUUUAUCGGUACGUAGCAGUUAAGUCGUAUGUGUGGCAUUUAAAACGUCUACAAAGAAAUAAAGAUAUGAAUUAAAGUAAUCAAUUAGACAUCAACUGUCUGGCGGACAAGGCGAUUAAAUAUGUAAAUACUUUUUGCGUUUCUUAUCCAUUUAGUAUCAUUAACGAUGUUUGUAUUUUUUUUUUAAAUAUAUAUAUUUAAUCAGCUCGAGGUUUAAAAAAAGUAUUAACAACUUUCUAUUCUGUGCAUGAGAAAUUGUAAAUUCUUUUUGCAGCUUGUCGACCCUUGACAUUCGGACCUUCGUGCAUGAGGACUUGCCAAUGCCUGACAGCAGGGACCGAUUUCUGUGACAACAUCAACGGUUUUUGUUCAUGCAAGCCAGGCUGGACAGGUCGGGAUUGCUCGAAAGACGUGAAUGAGUGUCGGUCUGCCAGAAAUUACAACUGCCCCAUUAACUCGGUGUGU